GACGGGCUGCCUCAGGGCCACACACUUCCCUUGCAUUCUGAAUUGCCUUUCCCACUCCCAGAGAAAGCCCCUCUACAGGCCGUCUUCAGCUCGUCAGUGUUAGGUGGCGGAGUACUGAAGGAAAGCUGAGACCAGAGACACAGGUGCAGGCGACGGGCCAGGCUGGACGAUCUGAGGAGUCAGGCCUCAGGAGUGAAGUCUGAGGAGGCCUACGAAGCAUGGGACAUCGUACACUAUACUCUGUUCCGUCUCUAUGGGCUUCCAUCCCCUGUCCACGCUCUGAACUACGCCUGGACUUGGUUCUGGCUUCCGGACAAUCCUUCCGGUGGAGGGAGCAAAACCCUGCACACUGGAGUGGUGUGCUGGCCGACCAGGUAUGGACACUGACCCAGACUGAGGAGAAGCUCUACUGCACUGUGUACCGAGGGGGAAAAGGCCAGACUGGGAAGCCCACGGGAGAAGAGUUGGAGGCCCUACGCCAGUACCUGCAGCUGGAUGUCAGCCUGGCUCAACUAUAUAGCCAUUGGAGUUGUGUGGACUCCCACUUCCAAGAGGUGGCUCAGAAAUUCCAAGGUGUUCGACUCCUACAACAGGACCCCAUCGAGUGCCUUUUCUCUUUCAUCUGUUCCUCCAACAACAACAUUGCCCGCAUCACUGGCAUGGUAGAGCGGCUCUGCCAGGCCUUCGGACCUCGACUUGUCCAGCUUGAUGAUGUCACCUACCAUGGCUUCCCCAGCCUACAGGCCCUGGCUGGGCCAGAGGUGGAGGCUCAGCUCAGGAAGCUGGGCCUUGGGUACCGUGCCCGCUUCGUGAGUGCCAGUGCCCGAACCAUCCUUGAAGAAUACGGCGGGCUUCCCUGGCUUCAGCAGCUGCGCAAGGCCCCCUACGAAGAGGCCCACAGGGCCCUCUGCACCCUUCCUGGGGUGGGUACCAAGGUGGCUGACUGCAUCUGCUUGAUGUCCCUAAACAAGCCCCAGGCCGUGCCCGUGGAUGUCCACAUGUGGCAGAUCGCCCAGCGUGACUACAGCUGGCAUCCUACCACAACCCAGGCCAAGGGUCCAAGCCCCCGGGCCAACAAGGAACUGGGAAACUUUUUCCGGAGCCUGUGGGGCCCUUAUGCUGGCUGGGCCCAAGCAGUGCUCUUCAGUGCUGACCUGCGCCAUCUCUACCAUGAGCCACCAGCAAAGCGCAGAAAGAGAUCCACAGGGCCUGAAGACUAGGUGGGAGGCACCGGACAAAGGGAUUCUCCCAAUACCUUUUCCCUCUAUUACCCAUUAUUCUCCAUCCAGCCUCAUGUUGGGAAGAGGGGUCCAUGCAACUACCUCAGGGGGCAGGAACCCUCAAACUGAGCAAUUUGCACAAUAGUGUGGGGUGGGGGUUAUCUGGUCAGACAAAGGUACCUGUGGUUUUAUCCUCUUCCCUUUAUUACAAGAAGGAACAAUAAAAUAGAAACAUUUGUAUGGAAAA